GGGGAUGAAAUGGGCAGUCAAGUAGAACGACCGGAGAGUGUAGCAACAAAGUAUUUUGUUUGUAUUUUUGUAGUAACAACCUGUGUUGAAUGGCCGCAUAAUUGCCUCGAUGAAGAACAUAUCACACGAGAGAGCUUCUAUAUUAGACACCUGAGCAACAAAAACAAGAUUUUACUUGUGCAGAGUUUGCGAAACUCUACAACAAUGUCAGAUGCAAAUCAAAAUGGAGUAGUAGAGAACGGAGAAGAAGGUGUCGCGAGGGAUAAAACCACGCACGAUUUUGUUACCGGCUUAAAAGAGAGAGAAGAACUGAAGCAACAGCUACAUACAAAAGACAGAGAAGUGAAUACCCUUAAAGGACAAAACUACGACCUCAUGAAGAAAAUAGAUGACUUAGAAAAACAGAUAGCUGAACUAAACAAGGAUGGGAGUAAAAAGCGAAAACAGUCACAUUUUAGUAAACCUAAAAGACCAGCAAGGAGAAAAAAACCUGAGGAAAAAGUAAGUGAGCCAGGAAAAUCUACUCAUGAUGGAUACAAGGAAGGCAGCGACCCAUUUGAAGACCCUGAGAAACUAUACGCUGAGAUAGCUGCAAAAUACCCAGACAUGCCCUUGUCCCAAGUAUUAACAGCAGAGAAGAGAUUUGUAGAGGCCGACAUAAACAGAGAUGGGACUAUAGAUCCAGAAGAGCUAGAGAAGCUUUUAGACAGCAGUUCGGCUGCUGGAGGGACAGCACUAUUCACACGACAACAGAUCAAGGAGAUCAUGAAACAAGUUGAUCUCGACAACACCAAUUCCAUCGACUUUAUGGAGUGCCUUGGGCUACUAGACCUAUUACGUCAAAACCGAAAGACAGGACUUCCCCCGACCAUGCAGCAAAAUGUAAAAAGUGCUGUUUGUAACAUACAAUAGUGUAAAUCCCGUGUUAAACGGUUUCAGCAGCAUUCUAUUUCAUUGAAUUGUAAUGUUGGGUCCGUUUGCGUUUUUGUUUGUUUUUGCCAGCAAGAGAAAAACAAACAAAAAGCAAAGGAACAGAGAGGCGACACGAAUACGUGAACUGCUAAAAAGAAACGUGAGAGAAAGCUAUUCUAGCAGGCUAUCGAGAAUCCAUGUGUCCUAACUUGCAGUGCUUCAUGGGUAAUGUAUAAAUGACUGUUUCCUGGUAACGUGGUUGUUUGCCAAAUAAACAUGAAUGCUAUAACAUUUCAAACCUGGGCGCUUUUUUGCUUGAAUGUGACUGUGAGUUACGAAACAUGGAUUUUCUAAGUACAACCUUAUUUGAUGUAGGUGUAUACUAGACUAGAUAACUUUCAAAGACAAUAUUUUUUAUUUUGUAAGAAAAGAAAAAUUAUAAAUGCCACUGUUUGAGCGAACACAAAGGAUGGUGGUCUUCAAAGCAUAUUCACCCCUCGUUGGAUCGUAGACGGUUUCGGGUAAGAGGGUCUAACAGCGGACGUCGUUGCAUCCAUGGUACAAAAUUAUUGAUAAAAAUGUAUAGAAAUAUGCGUUUAGGAACAAAAUAAAUAAAGUUUUUAAAAAGCUA